AAAAAAUAAGCACAGUUAAGCACCGGAAGAAAGUAUUGUAUUCCCCGAUGCCAAACACCUACUUUGAAAAUCCCGCCAAUCGUAAAUUACACAUGCUGACAUGCUAUGCUUCUUCCCUCGAUUCGAAUGUUGUCUCAUUAUCUCUUGAGAAGUUUUGUACUUCGGUGUUCGUAUGCACUAUGCACGACUGAACUUGAGUGUCCUCUUUUAUUUGACCCAACUGAGAAACUUCAUUACCAUGGCAAGGGAAAGCCACUGACCUUGAGAAUGUUGAAUACAAGGUUUUCUUCCCGAAAAUUUACAGCCAAAUCCGAUGCUUCAGUUUCAGAGACAAGCUCGAGUUCUAAAUCUUCUAACGGCGUUUCCGGACGAAAGAGAGUUAAGAGGACAGUUGAAAUAUCAUCAGUGGAACCCAAAACAGAACCUCUGGAAGAGAAAAUUUGUAGUGUUCCUGACAUUGAAGAGUUUGCAUAUGGAAAGACAAACAGAUCUUCUAGACCAAGAAAGAAGAUUUGCAAUUCUGGUGUCAUCACUUCUUUCAAGUCAAACCAAGGAUGAAGUUACUCAUGGAGCAAUCCAGCGGCUUCUUCAAAAUGGUCUACUUGCUGCUGAUUCCAUUGAUAAUGUUGAUGAGGCAAAAAUUAGGAGUUUGAUUUACCCAGUUGGAUUCUACUCGAGAAAGGCUUGUAACUUAAAGAAGAUUGCAAAUAUUUGUCUAACAAAGUAUGGAGGAGACAUCCCUAGUUCACUGGAGGAGUUACUAUUACUUCCAGGAAUUGGCCCCAAGAUGGCUCACUUGGUUAUGAAUGUUGGAUGGAACAAUGUACAAGGCAUAUGUGUAGACACUCAUGUACAUCGAAUUUGUAAUCGACUAGGCUGGGUGUCACGGCCAGGCACCAGGCAGAAAACUCAGAGUCCGGAGGAAACAAGGCAAUCUUUGCAAUUAUGGCUUCCAAGGGAAGAAUGGGUUGCAAUUAACCCUCUACUGGUUGGAUUUGGACAGACGAUAUGUACUCCUCUUAGACCUCACUGUGAAAUUUGUGGCAUAAAUGACCUCUGUCCAUCAGCUUUUAAGGAGAAAAGUUCUGUGUUGCCUAAAACAAAGAGAUCAAGUUCUACUAAAAGGUCUUAAGGAAUGCUGUUUUUUUAGGGAUUUUUUGGAGCUAUUUCUGGAAGAAUGGAAAAAUUUUUGUGCUUUCCUGAUCCCUGCUGAUAUUUGCAUAAUUUUUUCUCACCGCCUUUGUGUGAGUCUAUGUUAGGGAAGUUUUCAUGCAUGCCCAGCAUUAACACGAGUUAUUUGCUCCAUUGGCUUGAGGCAUUUCGCCUAUGUAUUUUGGAUCCCUCGGCAACAUAUUGGCAAGAAUAUUUUCUGCAAAACUUGUACUGGAAGAUACUCAAUGAACAAUUGUUAUAUAAUUGAAAGAUCAACUUAGAUUUUAA